AUGGAUCUGUAUCGGGUAUGGGGAGCCGACACCGCGACAUACGGUAACGCCAGCGAGAUCGGGUUGCGGGUGCUGGACCUCGAGACACGCAACACAACUGUGCUGACGACUGAAUGGGAUAAUCUACCCCAGUUCUCCCCGGAUGGAGAGCUCAUCCUGUUCACGCGCAAGACCAGCACGUACAACUAUGAUGUGUGCACCAUUCGACCGGACGGGACGGAUCUACGCGUGUUGACGAGUAGUGGUGCUAACGAUGCACAUGCGGUGUGGUCGCAGGAUGGGCGGAUUAUGUGGUCGACGGGAAUGUAUGGGUUCCGGUUUGAGUGUGCCUUGUAUGAUGAUACGUUUCAGCCGUAUGGGCAGAUCAUGAUUAUGGAUAAGGAUGGGGGGAAUAAGAAGUUGAUGACCAAUUCGAUGUGGGAGGAUUCGAUGCCGUUGUUUUUGCCGAGGGAGGUCCUGUAA